GAUGCUCGUACGACUCAGUUUCUUCUCGACCAUCACAACCUCCGGGCUGACGACACUACGGGAAGCCAGACGCCUCUUCUCGUCGCAGCGAUCAAGGGAAAUGCCGAGAUCAUGCGCAUCCUGCUCGACCGAGGAGCCGACGUGGACGCGAGUUCUGUGACAGGCCGGAGCAUGCAGGAGGUGGGUCAGUCUCCCAGGGGAGACUCGCCGCUUCACUACGCGGCGAUCAAUGGGGGGGAGGACUGCGUGGAGAUGCUGCUGCUGCUGCAAGCCGAUGUCAACCGUCGUUCCGCAAGGUACGGCGAGACACCGCUGCAUAAGGCUAUUCUGUUUGGGAGGACGGGAGUGGUGCGGCAGCUGCUCGCUGCUGGUGCUGACUGCCGCGUCGACAACGACCGGGGA